AUGAAGAAACUAACUGAUAAAGUUUAUAUUGAGUUACGUAAUGAUGAUGAGUUUUUAAGAAGAAUUAAUAGACUUGUAUAUAAAAGGGAUAAUGAACCCCAUGAAUUUGAAGAUCAGUGGUCAAAUACUCGUAUCCCUCUUGAAAAACAUGCUUCUAGUGUCUACACAGAUGUUGUUUUUAAGGAUUUUCAAGAACAAAUUCUUAGUGCACGUGAUGAGUGUGGUUUUGAAAAGAAUUUCGUUAGAGAUGGCAAGGAUGUGUAUCGUGUGGUACAUUUCAACACUGGGACAAUUUUUGAAGUUGUGUAUGAUGCACAAACAUUGUAUGUUGAUUGCUCUUGUAAGUUAUUCAAAAGAGUAAGAGUCUUAUGUAAGCAUGCAUUAUGGGUUUUGCAUGCAAAAGGCAUUAAAUAUAUACUAGAAGCUUACAUAUUGAAAAUGUGGACAAAAGAUGCUAGCAAAACACCUUUCUAUGAUAUUGAUGGCACGUUAUUGGAUGGUAAUAAUGCUAUGGAAUCUAGAAAAGGGAUUUUAGGAGAUGUUUGGAAUGAGUUGUAUUCAGCUGAGCUUUUAGCAAAAAAGAAUCGUGGGGUUGAGAAGACAAAACGUCAAGAGUUGGAAAAGUUUUUGGGUUGCGAAGCUCCUACAACAAUUACAAUUCAAAACCCUAAACAAUCUUCAAACAAAGGCAAGAGGAAAGAAAAUGAUCCAAAACAAAAGGAUACUGAAGAUGAAGAAGAGCAAAGGUGGCAAAUGAUUGAAUCCAUGCUUUAG